GCAGAAAUUUGAAAAUUGAGGUUCGGAUACCUUUUAGGUUCGGAUCGCCGUUAUAAUUCUUCAUUAGCUUCUCCUUUGAAUCUCAAACUUUAUUCUUAUCCUUCCCUGAUUAUACUCAUUUUUCCAGACAAUAAAAAUUCCCUUUCUUGUGUUUAAUUUUGUCCAUUCUCACUAAAUCAAUCAACUCCUAAUUCGCGUUUCUUUAAUUUGAAUUCCAGAUUCUUAGUAUUUCAUUUAAUCUGUACUCUUUACACUUUAAUCGGUGUGAGAAAAUGAUUAAGGGUUCAUCAUUUGGCAGUAAGAUGAGGAAGAGAUUGUCUGACAUUACUAAUUUGCAUUCUUCGCAACACAAAUCUCCGUUCAAGAAGCGCGAGAAUUUACUACCUGCUGUUGAAGAUGUUGCAUCCAAAUCUUACAUUGAUAAUCUUGUUCAGGAAAAUGCUGUAAUGAUGAAACUUAUUGAAGAGAAAGACAAAAUAAUUGAAUCCAAUGGAGUAAAAAUGCAAGAACUGACAGUGAAUCUUCAGAAAACACAGCUGCAGAAUUGGCACCUUGCUCAAAGUAAUUCCCAUAUGUCAGCGGAGCUUAACAGAGCCAAAGAUAGGUUGAGACUCUACGAACACGAACUUGUUUGCAAGGAUGCCGUGAUUAAAGCAACUACACUUAAGCUAAAGGAGAAAGCAAAGCUGCAUAGUGAAACAAAUACCUUACAGGAGAAAGCAAAGAUGCAUGGUGAAAUAAAUAGCUUACAGGAAGGAGAGACUACAUCAAAAGUAGCAGCUGUGGAACAACCCAUGGGAGACGACAAUGACAACAACAAGAACAGAGUAUCCAAACCAAAAAGAAGACUUCCUACAAGAAGUCGAUCUAUGGGACCCACUAGAUCUCAGCAAAUUGUUGACAAGGAGACAGCGGAGAACAAAAGGCGCUGUUUGAGAAGGCAAUCAGGUAGGCUAGCGUCACCGAAGGAAGGAGAAGACUUCUUUGAGCUUGAUGUGUCAGACAACCAUGUCAACCAGGCCUCAAAUAUUUCACACCGUAAGUCAACAGGUUCCCAGGAUCUUCUUUCAGAGGCAUCAAAAUCCGGAGACUCUCAAAGAUUAUCGAUUGGAAGGCCACAACGUAGGGCUGCAGUGAAAGUUCAAUCUUACAAGGAUCCUCCAUUGAACAGCAAAAUGAGGAGGCCCGCAUAAACAGCAGCAGUCCUGCAUCUCUGCCCUCGAGGAAAAUCAAUCCGAUGCCCUUGAUUUGCAAUUACGCCAUUUUGUCGAUUCACGGUACAUCUUUCUUGUACCUCUGUUAAGUAAAAUAGUUAGUGACUGAAAAUUGUAGUUAAGGAUAUCUUUAUAAGAUGAUAUUGUAUCAACUAGGUACAUUUAGGUCUCUGGGUCAUGCACUUCCAGUAUCUUACUUCCCCAUGCAGGAUUUAUGGUUUCACGCUUAUAUCAGCAUCAACUACUAUGUUUAUUGUUGUAAAGGAGUUAUGAUUUUUAGAUUUUUCAUCAUCCUAAACGUAACGCACCAAGAGGCCGGUCUUUUUUCGAUGAUUUGGUUUUUGGCUUUAUAGACAUGAAUAGAGGAACAAGAGUUUCGUUUUUCUAGUAGUCGACACAGAUUGUUGUUCUGACUUUCGGUUUGUGGGUUAUGUUGCUAAGCUAGAGUUACACAACAAAGUUUUGAAGAAAGAUACUAGAAUUAACCAUGUUGUGCUUGGGUGGUCAUAAAGUAUAAAUGCUGAAAUUCCUUCUCGUUAGUUUUGUUGUUUAUAUAAUGUGUUGGUUCUCUACUCCUAUUGUAUGUAAGCUUAUCUAUGCUAAUAGUAUGUUCG